AUGGUACCCACAUCUAUACCUGCACAUGCACCCGCACCCACACCCUCGGUCUCUGAUGAGAAGGGAAGGGAAAGCAUUGACGGAGCAAGAUUAGGUAAACUUUCCAAGAUAGAUCGCAAACUAUUGCGGAUCGCUUCUAGCAUAUAUUUGAAUACUCUCUUGAUGGUCGCACGCUUGUCUGUAUCUCAUUGUGCACUAAAUUGUCACCUUGAACGAAUGGACAGACGGACAGACAGACAGACACGAACUCCCCAAGUUGUACUCAUUUUCAAAACAACGGGAACUCUUUCCCGCCCUGCUAACGGCUUAUUCAUGUCUGUAGAGGUCAGGUAUGCUGCCUGA